AUGAUUCCGCCGGAGCUCCAAACGCGGUCAUUCCGCCCUUACAUCGCCUCCUCCAUCUCCUCCCCUUCCUUCUCCUCCCCCUCCUCGUCCUCCUCCUCCUCCUUCCCCACCUCCUCUGCUUACUCUCCUAACCAAAACCCUAACCCUAACUCUCACUUCUCUUCCCAUUCGACCUCCUCUUCUAGAUCUCGUUUCUCUGCUUCUUCUUUUGCUCACAACACCCGCGUUGCCCUCGCUCUCGUUCCAUGCGCCGCUUUCCUCCUUGACCUCGGUGGCGCUCCCGUCGUCGCAACCCUAACCCUGGGGUUAAUGAUCGCUUACAUCCUUGACUCACUCAAUUUCAAAUCCGGUGCGUUUUUUGGUGUUUGGGCUUCUCUAAUUGCAGCUCAGAUCGCUUUCUUUUUUAGCUCCUCAUUGAUCUUCACUUUCAAUUCGAUUCCUCUUGGUUUGCUCGCUGCGUUCCUCUGUGCACAAACGAACUUCUUAAUCGGCGCUUGGGCUUCGCUUCAGUUCAAAUGGAUCCAAUUAGAAAACCCUACUAUCGUGCUCGCGCUUGAACGGUUGUUAUUCGCGUGUGUUCCUUUUGCUGCUUCUUCGAUUUUCACUUGGGCUACAAUCUCUGCUGUCGGUAUGCAAAAUGCUGCGUAUUAUCUGAUGAUUUUUAAUUGUGUUUUCUAUUGGAUGUUUGCAAUUCCGCGUGUUUCUUCAUUUAAAUCGAAACAAGAAUUGAAAUAUCAUGGUGGAGAGGUUCCUGAUGAUAAUUUUAUUCUCAGUCCACUAGAGGGUUGUUUUCAUACGUUGAAUUUGCUGUUCUUUCCGUUGGUAUUUCAUGUUGCCUCGCAUUACUCGGUGAUUUUCUCGUCUGCUGCGUCUGUUUGUGAUUUGUUGCUGUUGUUUUUUAUCCCGUUUCUGUUUCAACUGUAUUCAUCCACGAGGGGUGCGCUUUGGUGGGUGACCAAGAAAGCGAAUCAGUUGCAUAGCAUUCGUGUGGUGAAUGGUGCUGUUGCAUUGGUUGUUAUUGUGAUUUGUUUGGAGGUUAGAGUUGUUUUCCAUUCCUUUGGAAGGUAUAUUCAGAUUCCUCCUCCAUUGAAUUAUCUUCUUGUGACUCUGACGAUGCUUGGAGGAGCUGCUGGUGCUGGUGCUACUGCUCUUGGAAUGAUUUCUGAUGCUUUUAGUUCAGUGGCUUUUACUGCUUUAGCUGUAAUCGUCAGUUCUGCUGGAGCAAUUGUUGUGGGUUUUCCUCUACUGGUAUGCAUCUUGAUUUUUCUAAGACUUUAG